GCCGGAGAGGACCGCCACCGGCCGCCAGGGCUGCGGGGCUCCCGCCGGCCGCCGGGGCGCAGGCGGGGCGCAGCGGCGGCGGGCGGCAUGGAGAGCCUGCUGGAGAACCCGGUGCGCGCCGUGCUCUACCUGAAGGAGCUCACGGCCAUCGUGCAGAACCAGCAGAGCCUCAUCCACACCCAGCGCCAGCGCAUCGACGAGCUGGAGCGGCGGCUGGACGAGCUGAGCGCCGAGAACCGCAGCCUGUGGGAGCACCAGCAGCUGCUGCAAGCCCAGCCUCCGCCCGGGCUCGUGGCCCCGUCGCCGGCCCCGCAGCGGGCUCCCGCGUCCGCGUCUCCCGCCGCCCCCGCCGCCGGCGCCGCGAUCGAGGCCCAGGAGCCGCUCCAGGACCACGGACAGCUCCCGCCCGCCGCCCCGCAGCCCGCGCCCGAGCAGCCGCCGCUUCAGCACCACGGACAGCUCUCCGCGCAGCCCCAAUCCGGGCCCGGCGGCCGGGCUCACCCACCCCAGUCGCCCCACCAGCACCGGGUGACACUUGGGGCCGCGGCCGACAAGGAGAAGGAGCGUCCCCCGAGUUGUUGCGCUGCCGCCGGAGCCCUCCUUCAGCACAAAUCCUCGGCUGCCCUGGGCAAGGGCGUCCUGAGCAGGAGACCCGAGAAUGAGACCGUGCUGCACCAGUUCUGCUGUCCAGCUGCUGACGCCGAGCAGAAGCCUGCCUGCUCUGACCUGGCUUCUCAGAGUGACGGCUCCUGUGCCCAGGCCAGUGGGGGCAUGGAGGACUCCGCAGUGGCAGCCGGCAGACCCAGUGCCCAUGCCCCGAAGGCUCAAGCCCAGGAGCUCCAGGAGGAGGAGGAGCGGCCGGGGGCGGGGGGUGCCUCCCCCAGGGCUGGCCCCCAUCGUGCGGCCUCCCCCGGCCAGCAGCAGCCUGCCCUGGCAACGGCACCCUGCUCCCACACCCCUGGCGCCUCUGAUUACGAACUCUCCCUUGACCUAAAGAAUAAACAGAUUGAAAUGCUAGAACACAAAUACGGGGGCCACGUCGUGUCCCGCCGCGCUGCCUGCACCAUCCAAACCGCUUUCCGCCAAUACCAGCUCAGCAAGAACUUCGAAAAGAUCCGCAACUCGCUGCUAGAGAGCCGCCUGCCUCGGCGGAUCUCCCUGCGCAAGGUGCGGGCGCCCACUGCCGAGAGCUUGGCAGCCGAAAAGGCACUCAUGGAAGGCUACGGGCUCGUGGGGCUGCCACUGGUACGCUCGCCCUCCCUGCCACCCACCUUUGCGGGCACACUCACCGAGCUGGAGGACUCCUUCACCGAGCAGGUGCAGUCCCUGGCCAAGUCCAUUGACGAUGCCCUCAGCACCUGGAGCCUCAAGACCAUGUGCUCCCUGCAGGAGGGCAGCGCUUACCAGAUCCACCAGGCCCUGCAUGCAGGCUCAGGACAGCCUGGUCUGGAGGUCGAGAUGCAGGAGCCUGAGGGCGCAGGCCCAGGACCUGGGGAUGAGACCACUGAGUCUGCUGGCCUGCCCCAGGGCCAUAGCAGCACCCUCAUGAUGGCUUUCCGGGACGUCACGGUGCAGAUUGCCAACCAGAACAUCUCUGUCUCCUCCUCCACAGCUCUGUCUGUGGCCAACUGCCUGGGUGUACAGACAGCUCAAGCUGCAGCUGAGCCCACACCCAGCAAAGGUGAGCAGGGCGAGGCCAAGGAGGUCCCUGCCAAGGGCCAGGAGGACACGCCUGCAGAGGUCACAGAUGCAGAGGUGGCGACCGGCCAGGCCCCUGACACCCACCAGCCAGUGGCCGCAGAGGCACUGGUAGAGCAGGCUGUGGCUGCUGAGGCAGAGGAAGAGGAGGAGGCUGGGGAGGCAGGGAAAAGGGCAGAGGCUGAGGCAGGUGAGAACUCUGAGCAGCUGAGCAGCAGCAGCACAUCCACCAAAUCGGCCAAGUCCGGCUCUGAAGUGUCGGCCGCAGCAUCCAAGGAGGCCCUGCAGGCCAUGAUCCUGAGUCUGCCCCGCUACCACUGCGAAAACCCGGCCAGCUGCAAGUCGCCCACGCUCUCUACCGACACCCUGCGCAAGCGGCUCUACCGCAUCGGCCUCAACCUCUUCAACAUAAACCCGGACAAGGGCAUCCAGUUCCUGAUCUCGCGCGGCUUCAUCCCUGACACGCCCAUUGGCGUGGCGCACUUCCUCCUCCAGCGCAAGGGCCUCAGCCGCCAGAUGGUCGGAGAGUUCCUGGGCAACAGCAAGAAGCAGUUCAACCGCGACGUGCUGGACUGUGUGGUGGACGAGAUGGACUUCUCCAGCAUGGAGCUGGACGAGGCCCUGCGGAAGUUCCAGGCGCACAUCCGCGUGCAGGGGGAGGCCCAGAAGGUGGAGCGGCUCAUAGAGGCCUUCAGCCAGCGCUACUGCAUGUGCAACCCCGAGGUGGUGCAGCAGUUCCACAAUCCUGACACCAUCUUCAUCCUGGCUUUUGCUAUCAUCCUCCUCAACACGGACAUGUACAGCCCCAACAUUAAGCCUGACAGGAAGAUGAUGCUCGAGGACUUUAUCCGAAACCUGCGAGGUGUGGAUGACGGUGCUGACAUCCCCAGGGAGCUGGUAGUAGGCAUCUAUGAAAGGAUACAACAGAAGGAGCUCAAGUCCAAUGAGGACCACGUCACAUAUGUCACCAAGGUGGAAAAGUCCAUUGUGGGCAUGAAGACAGUGCUGUCGGUGCCGCACCGCCGCUUGGUCUGCUGCAGCCGGCUCUUCGAGGUGACAGACGUGAACAAGCUGCAGAAGCAGGCUGCACAUCAGAGGGAGGUGUUCCUCUUCAACGACCUGCUGGUGAUCCUCAAACUGUGCCCAAAGAAGAAGAGCGCUUCCACGUAUACAUUCUGCAAGUCGGUCGGCCUGCUGGGCAUGCAGUUCCACCUCUUUGAGAAUGAGUACUACUCUCACGGCAUCACACUGGUGACCCCACUGUCGGGUUUGGAGAAGAAGCAGGUGUUGCACUUCUGUGCCCUGGGCUCGGACGAGAUGCAGAAGUUCGUGGAAGACUUGAAGGAGUCCAUCGCUGAGGUGACGGAGCUGGAACAGAUCCGGAUAGAGUUGCUGGGGAUGCACCCAGAGGCCUCAUGCAUGCUGGGGGAGCUGGAGAAGCAGCAGGGAACAAAGACACUCUCCUUCAAGUCCGGGGGAGCCCAGGUGGAACCGCAGUCAAAGCAAGGAUCACCCACAGCCAAGAGGGACGCUGCGCUGGGGGAGAAGCCCGCGGAGAGCCCAGGGGAGGUGUCAAUUCACAACAGGCUUCAAACGUCCCAGCACAACUCCAGGCUGGGGGCCGAGACGGGAGCGCCAGCGCCAGCGCCAAUGCCAGACCCGCAGCCUAGCCCUUUGAGAGAGCAGCCCCCGCUGCUGCCACCGCUGCCACCCACUCCCCCAGGCACCCUGGUGCAGUGCCAACAAAUUGUCAAGGUCAUUGUCCUGGACAAGCCCUGCUUGGCGCGCAUGGAGCCCCUGCUGAGCCAGGCUCUCUCCUGCUACACCUCGUCCUCCUCUGAUUCCUGCAGCUCCACACCUCUGGGGGGCCCAGGGUCCCCGGUCAAGGUCAUCCACCAGCCUCCACUGCCCCCACCCCCGCCCCCUUACAAUCACCCCCACCAGUUUUGCCCACCCGGCUCCCUGCUGCACCGGAGGCGCUAUUCCAGCGGCUCCAGGAGCCUGGUGUAGCUUUGCCCCCAGUAGCCUGUGGCUCCAGGAAGGCUGGCCACCAGAGGGGUCCUCGGCUGCCCCUUAGCUGCUACCCAUAUCCUGGCGUUCCUGGUCAUCAAUCACUGUUUGGAAAGAGAACCCUGAUCCCUGGCACGUGGAUUUGCUUGGUCCAGCCAUCCUGUCCUUAAUCAGCUGAGCACCCCCAAAACCUGGGCACACCACUUCCCUCUCCUGGGGCCUCAGAGCCAGGUGAGGUAACAUAUCCGGCCACCACUCUCCCGAGUUGGACCGUGAAGUGAGGACACUCAGAGCUGAGGGCCCGACCAGCAUGCAGGUCUGAGUCCGCUCAUGGCCAAGCCUCAGUGCACAGGCAGGAGCGGGAGGCUGGGGUGGCUGGCAGUGGCAACAGGGCCCUGGAUGGAGGGGGACUGGCCCAUAGCCAGGUGUACCUGUGGCUGGGCUGAGUGGAAGAGGGUAGCUUGCUCUCUGGGGGAACAGCUGGCAGGAGGCUGGAGGAGGAGCUUAUUCUGCUCCCCUAUCCUCCAUCCCAGCAGUCUUAGAAGGCUGCUGCUGGGUCCCCAAGGACAUUGGCUAUCUGGCCCCUCCUCCCAAGGCCUUCUCAAGACCUGCCUUGGCUUCAGGAAAGUUUUGAGAAAGGGAGGAGAAAAGAGGUCAUGAGAUUGUGAGAUCGUAUAUCUGCAAAAUGCACUUUUAAAAAUCAUUCACUGGUUCCCCAGCACCAGUAAUACCCAGCCAAAGUCAAGUGCACAUAAGCACUGGCAUGUAAGCAUGCAGCAGAACCAGGUUAAUUUCUUCCACUGUUUGCACAGAAACAAGGGGAUCUCCCCAGUGCCGGUUCUGGUAGAGGUUCCGCUGCACUCAGAGUCAGGGCUGUCUCUUGGUGUUCAGAGGCCUACAGGAGGAACCUGGAUGAGAAGCAGGCAGGAGCAGUGGCCCCAAAGCCUUUAGAGGUCCCCUGUAAAUCACAGAACCCCUCAGGCAUGGAUGGCUGAGACCCUUGAUGUCACAAAGGGGAGCCAAGCAGGGCUGCACUGCUGGCCUCCCGGGGUGAACAGCAUAAAGCCAACCUUAGGUGCCCACAAAGCUUCAGCCUGAGGAGAGAUGGCCCAUCCUCAAAGCCCUGGCCACCCCACCGUGGAGGUUUCAGGAAGUAUAUGCUACAAGCCUGGCCACACUGUGGUCCUGUGCCUGCACCUACAGCUGUCCUUCACCAGUCCUCCCUCUCAGACCCCAGGUAUAAAGCUGCAGGGAGACAUGAUAGAUAGUGGCUCAGUCUGAAGCAAAUGGGCUUCUGCAGCCCCAGCACACGCCCUCUGCUGCAGCAUUCCGGGCCAGGGAGGAGGCAAAGCUAAUCCCCACCCUCAGAGGGCCCAAGUGACCUAGUUUCCCCUAUGUGUAGGAAUACCCAGACGUCAUCAUGACGUUACUCGGUGAGUUUAUUUCUGGCUCUGUUUUUGUCAGCCUGGUUUCCGUAACUUGGAACCAAUUUUCUGUGUCCCUUGUGACUCCUAGCCCGUUUGUUCCCCCCAUGCUGGCUGCCUUGGACCCUCCAGGGGCUCUGCUGAACCAGAGCUUGGGCUAGAGCCUGGAUACAGGUCAGAGGCUCACCCUAGCAGGCUGCCAGGAGGCCACGGGCCCCAUAGGCAACAGGGGCAUCCUGCACAGAUGGGCCCACAAUUCAGAAACCUUGAUGCCCCGAGCCAGGGUGGGGACCUCAGGGUCUUGAGGGGUGAUGGAGAUGCAGGGAUGGGAGUGAGUGAAUCUUGAAUGAGGGGCUAAAAAUGAGUAGAAGGCAAACCAUGAGCAGGAGGCCAAGUGUGAGGUAUGAAGCAAUAUGAGGGAUGAGUGCAGCUAAACAUAAGGGACGGAGCCGUGGGUGCCAGCGCUGCUGAAGAAGGACAUGGCCCUAGACUACUUUGUGCCCACCAUCAGGGCCUUGUCCCUGCUCACAGUGUGAGCAGCCGGCAGGGACAGCAAUGUCUGCCCCUCCCUCACGCUCAGCCAAAGCCCAACUCCCCCCAGGCAGCAACCACAGUCUCAGGGUUGACUCUGCAGUCCUGGACCCCGCCCCUUCCCCAGGUCAGAGGCUCACCCUAGCAGGCUGCCUGGUGGCCACGGGCCCCUAGGCAACAGGGGCAUCCUGCACAGCAAGAGAUCAGCCCUGGUGGGCAGCACUGACCCAGGAAGGGUCAGGGCAGGAGACACUGGCCCUCCUCACUGCGGAGCAAGCUGGAGUUCCCAGCUCCUGCAGCCUCCCUCCCUGCCCAGUCAGCAGGCUAAGCUGGGGCCCCUCUUUGUCUCCUGCCCAGAGACUAGGGAUGUCCUCUGUCCUCCCCAUGGGAGCAGCCAAGUCAGGGCCUCCCAAAGGGUCCAGCAGAGAUGCUCAGGGGUCCUCCUGCUCUCUAAUAAGGGCCGUGCAGCGCUGACUGAGCCCCGAUCACCCUGAGACAGCCCCACUUCAUCAACCCUCUAGACCUUAUUCUGGGGGCUCCUCUCCUGUUUUAUCCAUUUGGUCCAAGUCCAGAAUGAAGAGUGGGAGAUGAAACUAGCUUCCUCACCCCUUCAGGGCAAGUCCCACUGCCAGACCUGAAGCCUGAAGUGGGCCCGUCCAGCACUCGUCCUGGAAGCCUGCCUCUCUGUCUGUUCUAAAGGUAUCUUCCUUCCCCGAACACUUAGGUCCUGGACCUCUGGCUCCCCUCUUCCCCACCACUGUGCACCAGAGCUGCCAGGAUAGCUCUUGUAGCCAAUAGGCUUCCCUGGUGACCAUCUGUCUGUCUGUCCCCGAGUUCUGGGACACCGCUCUUCUCACAGCACCCCUCCGUGUGCUCACCCUUCACCCUGCUGGAGAAAUGCCUCUCUAGGGAAAGGCAGGGUGGCUGCAUCCAGCAACUAAUCCAAAUGGCAAAUAUUUUGUAACAAAAUAGCCCAGAGGUAUUUUAUCUGUUGAAUUCAUAGAGUUUUAGAGAUUAUAUUGAAAUAUGUCACUUGAGGAAAA